ACCACCUCGACGUUGUCGACGCAAUACAACGAGCAUAUCGAGUCGUUGAUUCAACCACGAAAGAAAGACUUCUACCAUUCGUUUAUUUCGUUUAUUUCGUUUCUAGCUUCUAUCUAGCUAAUUAGUUUCUCACGAAAAUACAAUAUACUUGCAUAUUAUAUUACCUUAUAUAAAUACACACACACACACAUAUGUGUAUGUAUGUAUGUAUAUAUAUAUAUAUACAUAUAAAUAAAUAAAUAAAUAAAUUCACUGUUUAUUUACGGAUUUGUUCGGUGAUCGAUAAUAAAGAGAAUUAAAAGUUCAUCAAUCAUGGAGACCAUUUUGGCGAACAAGUUGUCUUCUACCACUCGAAUUGGUGACUCUAACAUCGAGCAGAAGGGCAAAACAAAUUUUGCUAAAGAUACUAAGAAAAUGACGAGAUACACGUUGGCGGAUUCCGCCGAUUCCGUGAUGAACACCGCUAUGGAUUAUCACAUUGAAAUUAUAACGAGGGACGACAAGCACAGGGUAUUGAAAUUCCUCAGAAGGUUCUUCUUCCGAGACGAACCUCUUAAUCACAAUAUCGCUCUUAUACCGGAAGGAGAAGAUAGUACUUGUCUCGAAUUGGAAGAUUAUUGUAGUAAAUCUUCUCUUGAAAACAAUCUAAGUUUUAUGGCUGUAUCAUCAACCGGUGCCAUCAUUGGCGUUUUAUUAAAUGGAAAAGCAGAGCCCUGCGAGGAAGACGAACCAGAGUACAUAGAAAACUGCGAAAAUCUUAAAUUCAGAAAAAUAUUAAGGUUUUUGCAUUACGUGGAUAAGAAAGUCAACGCCGAUGGAAGAUUUCGAGAUCAAAAUGUAUUAGAAAUAAGAAUAAUCUCUGUUGACACUAAUUGGAGAGGCAAAGGUAUUGCCAAAGCUCUUAUUGAAAAAACAACAGAGAUCGCUAGAGAACACGGUUUUCAUGUAAUGCGAGCUGAUUGCACGUCCAUGUUUUCUGGAAAAUUAUGCGAACGACUUGGUUUCGAAGAAAUAUAUCAAUUAAAAUAUUCCGAUUAUGUCGACGAAAAUGGAAAACCUAUUUUCACACCUGCUCUUCCACAUACGGCUGCUACCUCGUAUAUCAAAAGAUUAUAAAAUAAUUUUUGCGAUCGAAAAUUAUGAAAAGAAUAACUAAUCUAACGUUAAGUAAGAAAAAAAAAAGAAAGCAACAAUUGAGAGAGAAAAAGAUACGUCUUUGGAUCUUUUAGGUCCAAGCUAAAAGUGUAAAUAUAAAUUUAAUAUGAUUUUGUCAAAUCAUUGUAUAAUAAUUCUUACUGUAAAAAAGAAAAUUCGUUUUUUGGCGAACGUUUAGUUAAAUUAUAUAAAAUAUUCUCACAUUUAUAUGCAUUUUAAUCUGUACAGUAACGAAAUCAUAGUUGAAAUCUAUUAAAAUUUAUGAAUUUUCA